CCACGCUGCCACAUCACACACCCAGGGGUGGGAUGGGACAAGGGAGCUGCUGGGAAGGUGGCCCGCCGGGAGUGUGUCGGCAUUGCUCCGCGGGAGAGACUGCAGCCCUGAGAAGAACAGACCGCUUGUGCGGCUGAAAGAAGAGCUGCAGGGAACAUUUUGCCCCUUCAUACACUCUUCCAAGCCCAAGCAUGGCAUCACCCAUGAGGAACUUGCUCAACGACCCUGACAGAUACCUCCAGUCUUUCCGCCUCUUCCUUGCGAAUUCAACUGAGCACCAGUGCAUGCAGGAGUUUGUGGAGAGGCAGCUGGCAACCCUGAUAGCAAGUAUAGGAAAUGGGAAGACUACAAUCAAUAUUCUGAGCGUUGGUGGUGGAGCAGGUGAGAUUGACCUGCUGAUCCUUUCAAAAGUACAAGCCAGAUAUCCAGGGGUCACCAUCAACAACGAUGUGGUAGAGCCGAGUGGUGAUCAAAUCUCCAAGUACAAAGAGCGUGUGGCUAAGACGUCAAAUCUUGAGAAUGUAAAGUUCACCUGGCAUAAGGAAACAGCUUAUGAAUAUGAAAGUCGAAUGAAUGCAGAAAAGAAGUCUAAAAAAUGGGACUUCAUUCACAUGAUCCAGAUGCUGUAUUAUGUGAAAGAUAUCCCAGCAACUAUCCAGUAUUUCCACAGCCUCCUGGAAACACAGGCGAAGCUCCUCAUUAUCGUGGUGUCAGGAAUGAGCGGCUGGGAAAGGCUGUGGAAGAAGUAUGGGUCUUCCUUCCCUUUAGAUGAUCUCUGCUCUUACAUUUCCUCUGCUGGCCUCAAAAGGAUACUGGAUUCAGCUGGGCUAAAGUAUCAGGUCUAUGAACUCCCAUCUUACAUGGACAUAACGAGCUGCUUUAUUGAAGGGAGCAAAGAUGGGGAGCUAUUGCUGGAUUUUCUGACAGAAACUUGUGAGUUCUCUAAAACUGCUUCCCCCGAACUAAAGCGUCAGGUAAUGGAAGAAUUAAGAAAGCCUGAAUGCAGUGAAGAAAGAGAUGGCAAGGUGCUUUUUAAUAACACCCUGAGCGCAAUAGUGAUUGAGCCAUGACUUAACCAUGUCUUGGCUCUUGAAAACAGCCCGACACAAACUGUUAAGAGCAGAAACAUGUUUUUCAUACUUUAUAAAUCUCUUAGUUUACUUCAGUACUGAUAGGUAAUUUUUAGAGCCAGUUAAGAAAUCAGUAUUAAUAUAUGUUGUUGUAGGUAAGCUUUAAUAUCCGAUUAAUUCUGCACUAAUCUAUGAAUAUGCAACUCAGUAAGCAGUUAACUGUGCUUUGUCAUAUGGAUGUUGUAUAAUCAGAUGUAAUAUGGACCAUCCACUCAGGCACUGUACUGACCAUUUCCAGUGAAAAAGUCGUGAACUAUACGUGGUUUCAUUAUCUCCAUUAAAAAGCUCUCUACAGACCAGAUAAGCAAAUUAUAACUUCUUGGUUCAGCUGGCAAGAGUGGAAGCUCAGAAUUCCCAUUUGGGUGGCUGCUCAACAGAAUUCUUUGGGUUUGCUGUGGCUUCAAGAUCUUACUCUUCCAGUUAUUGUCGAAGUGGAUUCACACCUUAGAAUCAUAGAAUAGUUAGGGUUGGAAGGACCUUAAAGAUCAUCUAGUUCCAACCCCCUUGCCAUGGGCAGGGACAUCCUACUAAGUCCCUUCUACACAUGCAAUGGUUGCCAGCUUCUGUCUCCUCAGCCACUUCCAUUUAAUGCCAUUGUUUCUCUUUUCCCAUACUUUUUUUUAAUGAUGUUGCAUCUGCAGAGCUAUUUUUGUACAGAGUCCAUACUGGUACUGCAACAGGGAAGUGAUCAAAGGUGGUGAAGGCACAGCAGUGGUAAGAAUCAUGCUGGAGAGGUGGAUUUCACUAGUGAGCUCUGAUGCCUUUGUCAGGAAUCAGCUACUGCUGUCACAUAGGGCUUCUUGGUGUUUUUAGCUAACCACGUAAACCUGGCAGCAGGGGCCGGGUAUGGCUUCUGAGCUUUGUAACAACGAAAAAUAAAGUCUGAUGCCAAACUGACAGUGGGAUUUGUUUCAUUUUCAAUGGAGUUACGUCAGGUAAAUCUCUUCGAUAUAUAAUAUAGGAUGUUCAGCAAGAAAACGCUUCUCCUCCUUGGUCCCUUCUCCCUGUGGUGCUGUCUCCAGCCUAGUAGUUGAUGCAUUUGUUUUGCUAAAUGAUUUUAUGAUUUGAAGGAGUGUCCUGCUCUUUAAAAAGAACAAUGGAUGGUGGAAU